UUUUGAAGGACUAUAACAUCCUGGACAACGUGAUACCUUUGAGAAACACGUCGGUGGACUCGCUGCUGAAGGAUACCGACAGUGAACGAGAAACUGAGGACUCCAACGACGAGAUUCCGUCAAAUAUUACAAAGGUGAACGAAACCGGGAUUUCCAAAGCGGCGAGCUACGGCGCGUCGAACGUAAUUAACGAGAGAAGACAAGGAAACAUUGGCUAUUGUAGCAGUGAUAGUGGCGGUGGGUGGGAGUUGAAAGAGAGUAUCAAUCGCGAAAUAAGGAGGAGCGAUUACGACGCAGCAGUGGCGGGUGAGCUGGCUUGCCUCGCGGGAUACAUGGCGGGGUAUCUGAAGGCGGCGGGUGCCACUUGUGCCCCGACCGGAAGUCCUCAGUACCACCCCCACAGUCAUCCAGCAAUGGGAGUUGGAACGCAUCCACAUGCACAUACUCAUCCGCACCCUGGUGCACCACAUCCAGGACUACCAUCUCCAUUUGCUCUUGCUACACAUGGACAUCCUCAUCCUCAUCCGUUGGAACAUGGAUUAGCAGCUUUUCCACAAGGAAUGAACCAACGCAAACAACGUCGGGAAAGAACAACCUUUACUAGGGCCCAACUCGACGUAUUGGAAGGGCUCUUCACAAAGACGAGAUAUCCGGAUAUUUUCAUGCGCGAGGAAGUCGCGCUUAAGAUCAAUCUACCGGAGUCGAGAGUACAGGUAUGGUUCAAAAAUCGCCGAGCGAAGUGCAGACAGCAACUUCAACAACAGCAACAACAGCAACAACAACAACAACAACAACAAAACUCACCGUCUAAGGGUUCACCGAGAGCGAGCCAAUCCCAAACGAAUGGAAAUCAGAGUGGGAAAAUGGCCGCUGCGACUAGCUCGUCGACGCAACCAAGUCGACGUUCCUCGCCAGUCUCCCCACCACGAGGAAAGGAGGCACCAAGUACGAACUCGCCUUUGUUAUCGGCCAGCUCGUCUUAUCCACGACUUGGAGUAACUCCAACCGGUGGAAGUGGUGCCAACAGUGCUCUUACGACACCUUCACCCCCGCUCACACCUGGAUCGAGUCAGCUACCCCCAUCCUCCUAUCCUCCGCCAAUGAACCAGAUUCACCACGGUGAAUACGGUUUCACGUGGAGCUCUGCAUCACCCGGAUCCGUGAAUCCGAGUCAGUGUUAUGCAGGGCAGACUUACAAUGCCUACCAGAAUCCAUACACCAGCGGCGAUUAUUAUCAGACCCAAAUAUCCCACAUGCAUCACAGUCCGCAGGGGAACUAUCACCACCCCCAAUAUCAUCAUAACAUGGCAUUAACGUCUUCGAUGUCACAUCUUACUACCCAUCAUCUCAAUCCAAGUGGCAGUAACGAAAUGACGAAUACUACUGCCGAUAACGAUGGCUACAUUCUACCCGAUCAAAAAUAUCAGGCGAUGGUAUAGCGCAACACCAGGACCUCAGGGAUAUUUCAUCGUGGACAAGAGGCUAUCGGGAGCGUUCCUAGUUCAUCGUCCGUAUCAUCCUCGGCGUCGUCUUAUCAUUGGCGUAUCAAUAACGCUCCUAAUUGUCACGAAAUAAACGGUAGUCUCGAUUCUUCUGACGAUAAUUAAUUUCAAAGAUACUUUAACAGUCCACGAUGGAUUCCCUCCCUCCUCUUGUUUCCUUUUUCUUCUUUUUCUUUGUCAUUUUUUUUUCUUUCUUCCUUUUCUUUUUCUCGUUUCUUUUCUUAUUGCCUUUUCAACGGAACCGAAGAGAUUCCGUUCUCUUUUUUCUUUCGCGUCGAUUUUUUUUUUUUUUUACCAAAAUCGUCGCAAAAAAAAAAUAUUGAAAAGAACAAGGGAAUCUCGAUUAAUCGACAUUAUUCAUUCUUUCUCGCGAUUAUUAUUCUUGCUUCGUUAAUAAACGUGAUCUUCAUUAUUGUUUGUGAAUCGUUACUUGAACCUCCCUCUACCCCUACCUCCUCCUCAACUCCAUCACUACCCACACACCGCCCCACUAACAUUUAAGAGCGAGCAACAUUGUUUUACGGAAGCUUACGCGAAACGGCUUCUCUUACUGAUCGAUAUCAAAGCAUAGUUCAGAGGCUUCGAACAAUUUUCUUUUCUUCUUCUUUUUUUUUUUUUUAUCUCCUAUUUUUCGCGUAACUGUAACUUGACGUAAUAUCGUGUUCUCUUCAUCGCACGAUUUUUAUUAUUUUUUAUCAAACACUCACUGAAGAUUUCGAUUUCAGAUUCGUAUACGUUUGAUAUAGAGCUUUUCUUUUUUUUUCUUAUUUCUCUUUGAAAAUACGACAUUUUCUUCUAUAAUUUCAUUGAAAAUGUAAAUAAAAGAAAGUGUGAACGUGAGUAAAUGAAUGAAUGGACAAAGAGAUCAUUAUGAUUUUUCGAGUUAUAAAAGUUGAAAUAAUGUUAAAUAGGAGAAGGCGAAUAUUUCGAGAUAAGUGAUAUCCGACGAAAUGCAACCUGAUAGAGAAUUAGAAAUAGAAGAAAAAAAAAAAGAAGGAAAGAUAUAAGGCACCAUUGACACAUUUUUUCUUAAAAUUUUCUUGUUCUUGUAUUCUUUUUUCUUUUCGUUCGUUUGGAAACAACUUAAAAUUAUGCAUGAUUAACUUUCGUCGGAAAUAAAGUGACCCCGUGCGCUUCUAAAAGAGUGAACGUGGAGAUAAUUAUUUAUCUUAAAGAAUUUAACUAAAAUAUAUCGACAGAAUUAAUCACCGCAUAAUUUAUCCGUUUAACGCCUGCUGCAUACCAAUAGUCGUCAUUUAUUUUACACUUGUAUACCAAGCGAGUCAUAUAAAUACAAUAUAUAUAUCAUUCGAAACUAAAUAACAAAGCAUGAAUAUUUUUUUAAAACGAAUGAAAUCAUUAUUGCAAUAAACUGCAAUAAACAUAUUUAAUUAUCACAAAUAUAACACUAAUAAAUUUUGCACAGUUUCACAGAUUUCAAAUCUAUUAUUCUCGCGAUCUAAUUUCAUUUUCUUUUUGUCCUUUUGCUUCUUUCUGUUUUAUCAAUCGUAAAUUUGUAAUUUUUAAUAAAUGUUUAAAUUAUCUAUGACGAUAAAACAACAUUUAUUAUUAUAUUGAAUAUACUGAAUUCAAAUUUGAUAUGUUGUUAUAAAAGAAAUAUAUAUAUACAUAUAUGUAUAUAUAUAUUUUAAUUUGAAAAUGAAUGAUGUAAGAGAAGUUCUUCUAACAGCUAACGUUAUAACUGCGCCACGUUUUGACAAUUCGUUUUUAUCUCAAACUUUAUCUCAAAAAGAAAAAAAUAAUCUUUAUCAGUAGUUAAUAUGCUAAUGUGAUAAUAAGCGAAUUUGGGAUUCGCAAUAUACUUGAUUUCUUAAAGAAAGAAAAAAAGUAUAAGAAGCAGAACUUCAUACACUUUUCAUUUGAAAGUUAAUCAAAAUCUUCCCAUUCUUUCCUUUUCAAACUUCAUUCGAUUUAAUUUAUUUAUCGAUUAAAAAGGAAAAAGAAACAUUUGUCCCAAACAUUUAAAAUAAACAACACCUACUAUAUUUGAAAUUUGUUCUUUUGAAUUAGAAAUAACAUUUCUAACAAUCGACAAUAAUGAAAUUUAUAAUAACAAUCGGAUAAAUGUCCUUGUGACAUUUGUAAUUUGAAAAAAAAGAAAAAAAUUAACGCCAGAUAAAUAUCUUAUUAGAUUAACAACAAUUUCCUGAUUUGAUAGUAAUGGAUAAAAAGAAUAUUCAUGCUUUUACAAAUUGUAGCGACUGACUUGGUAUACGCAUGUAUGUUAUGUAUUUACGUACACGUAUAAAAAUAUAUCGUGUAUACAUUUUUCAGGGUUCCUCGCGUAAACGCCAUCAAUCCUCACUGCCAUCAUUAUCUUAUAGAUAUUAUGGUUGAAUACGCGUACGUUCAUUAUUACAAUUAAUAUUUAUAUUAAUAAUUACUCAUAUCAAAAUAUUUGUCUGAUCUAUUCGACAACGAAAGAUAAUUUGUGAAUAGCUAAUGAAAGAUUGUAGAACCCGAAACUUGUACGGUGAAUCGAUUAUCAUCUGAAAUAUGACGUUAAGAUCAAAAUGAUUAAAAUGGUGGAAAUGUUAAAACAAAAGUCGAACGAAAAUAAAGAAGAAAGAGCAGAAAAUCAAUAAAAAAAAAAAAAAAUAAGUAUAUAUAUAUAAAUAAAGAUUGUUCUAUGAGUUUGUUGGCUUGCAUGGGU